UUCUGCAUAAUUACUUGUUAACGGGAUUUAUUGUAAUAAUUAAGUUUUAACUUUUUAUAAUUCAAUAUAAAAUCUAAAAUUCUUAGAUUUUAAUUCAUUUACUGUUUGCCGGACAACUUUUAACAGAUAGAACAUGCACACAAACUGACCUGGCAACCCCGUUUUCAGUAAAUCCGGUUCCCAUAGCUAAAGCAAAGCGUUCUCUAUAGCACUUGGGGUAAUGUAGUAUUUUGUUUAAAAACUGACAAAUUAGCACAAGUUAAAAAGAGAAACUUAUGUUUUAAAAAUAGCUACUGGCUAUUAUAGGAGCCGUAACAACCGUUUUAACACAAUACGCAGAAAAUUCAUUGCAAUUUUCAGUUCUUAUAAGGUCAUGGCUCAGACUAGAAAACUUUAUUUCCCAGAAUGCUUUAAAGCGCAGCACAAAGUCCGACAUGGCCGCUAUGUUUAGACGCGGUUGCCAGUUUGGGGUGAUUUUCCGUCUUUUAGUUUAAGCUAAACAUAUUUUAUUUUAGUUCAUAUACUUUGUAAUUGCGUUGUAAUAAAUGAUGUGUGUGUUAUAUAAAUAUGUAUAACUUGUAAACGUUUUUAUUUUAUAACUAACUAAAGAAAAAAAUCUAACCUUCCAUUGAAGAUUUAACUACCGAAUCUGGCAACCCGGGAUAUCUGACCAGUGCAGCUCACCUGUUGAACUAAAGUACAGUAACGGAAUUAAUAUUAGGAAAAUAAAUGGAAAAAUAAAUAAUGCACUAAAAUAUGUUUAGGAUUUUAUAUCAAUUUGUCGAAAUUCCCUUUUGAAGGCAUUGAAAACACUGACACAGGCAGACAAAAAACUGUCAGGAACUGCCACUUCACCUGUAGUAGUACUGGCUAACAGAGGUGAAAGUCCAAGAAGCUGUAUGACUGCACUGUGACUGAGAUAGGAAGUUGUCCCAGUGCAUCAUGGGAAUGAGACAAGUUUUGGUGACAGGAUGUUCCUCUGGGAUUGGACUGGCUGUGGCUGUGCGUCUCGCCAAGGAUGAACUGAAAAGGUUUAAAGUUGUGGCCACUAUGCGGGAUGUGGAGAAGCGAGCAGCACUGGAGGCAGCAGCCGGAGAGACGCUGGGCAGGUCACUGGAGAUCCAUAAACUCGAUGUCUGCUGUGAGGACUCCAUCCGAGAGUGUGAGAACAGUCUGCCUGACAGACACCUCGAUAUUCUGGGUGAAUAUAAUUUAUUUAUUUUUUCUGCUCAAAGGAAUAAUUCCUUCAGGUGCCAUGCUGUUUGCUAUCACACACCUUCAUCUCACAGACACAUCACUGUGUCUGUGUACAUCUUGUGCUCAUCAAACUUGAUGAUGCUUUUUGUAUAUUCAGUGAGUAAUGCUGGCAUGGGCAUGAUCGGGCCGUUGGAGUGCCAGAGCCUAACGAGCAUCCAGAACCUCUUUAACACUAAUUUUUUCGGCUUGGUGCGACUGGUCAAGGAGGUGCUGCCUGACAUGAAGAGACGACGGAGUGGACACAUUGUGGUGAUGAGCAGCGUCAUGGGUGUUCAGGAGCUGCUCUUUAAUGACGUCUACGCUGCUUCGAAAUUCGCCGUUGAAGGCUUGUGUAAAAGUCUUGCUGUGCAGGCUAUGAACUUUAACAUUAAGAUGAGUCUGGUAGAGCCAGGGCCGGUGCUGACAGAGUUUGAGCGGAAGGUCUACGAGGAGGCAAAGAACAUGGACCUGUCUGAGACAGACGAUGAGACAGCCAGAAUUUUCCGUGAACUUUACCUUCCCUACUCAGAAAAGGUGUUUUCUUCACUUGGUCAGAGUCCUGAGGAGGUAGCGGAGCAAACGCUCCAGCUGAUUGUAUCAAAAGAUCCUCCUUUUCGUCACCAGACCAAUCAUCUGUACACGCCCAUGACCUCCAUGAAGCACGCAGACCCUACAGGGCACCUGCCCCUAGACGCGUUUUACAAGAUAAUCUUCCAGCACGACCGCGUGUUUAACGUCAGCCUCGGCAUCAUGCGCUUCCUACAGAGGAGGAUGAGAAAACCUAAAGUGUAAAAGAAGCCAAACAUCAUCGCAGGCAUGACGUUUAAAUAUGAGACGAAUAAAACAAUGAAUAGAGAAUUAGGUUUAACUAGACUGCUCUAACAUAACGUAUAUAUGUGGAAUUAUACAGAUUUAAUAAUAACUUGAAAUCACAGUUUUUUAAGAGGUAAUAAAACCCUUUGGAGGCAUGCAUGGUAUAGGAAAAUAAUCAGUAAUGGGGUGGAAAUGUAUUAUAUUUCUAUAAAAGCAUGCUUCAUGUGAGGGUGUCCCUGACUAAAGAUUUUCAGUCAAAUCAGAAUUGUCAAGUCUUGCGAAUAGUCAACUGAUGAAACCAAAAACAGCCUUCUUUCACCUUAGAAAUAUUUCUAAGCUAAGAAAUAUGUUGUCCAUAUCCGAUGCAGAGAAGCUCGUCCAUGUGUUCAUGACCUCCAGAAUAGACUACUGUA